AUGAAUUUUCUCCUCAUGGAAUGCAUAACGCACAAGAGUCGACGCUGGAAUUCGUUCAAGAGAGAAAAAAUCCUCCAGUUCGUGAUCAACAGCGGCUACACGGACGAGAGAGAGCCGAAAGUCGGCGAGGACGGCAAGCCGGUGCUGCGACGUUGCACGGCGAUACUGUGGGCCGCUCCGCACCCGUUCAACAACAAAGCCGCCAUGAUGCGCGAGCUCUUUAAGAUUUACGACAAAUUCGAGUUGAACUACCACUACGAGGUGAACACGCACUUCCACACGGCGUGCGCGUGGGGCUGCGACGACGCCGUCGCUAAGUUCCUCGAGGCCGGACAGGAUCCCAAUUGCUUCAUGCCGAAGGUGGAUAUCUUGCCGCUCAACUUGGCCGUGAAGGAGGAUCGCAGAGGAGUCACCGAGCUGCUGCUGAAGAACGGCGCCGAUCCGAACAAGGCCGACGCGCAAGGAAUGACUGCUCUGCACUUCAUCUGCCAGAGAAGAAAGGACGACGACUUCCUAGAGCUGUUCCUCAGGAUCUGCGACGAGAAAAAUCUGAGGGUCGACGUCAACGCAAAGGACAACACGAAUCGGACUCCCCUGCAGUAUGUACCCGCGACUCGUAUGCCGCGCCUGGCCGUGGUACUUUUGCAACGCGGUGCUGUGCUGUGA